GCGGAAUCCUCAGCAAAAAUGUCUCUUGGCAGUGUCCUGAAAAAAUACGUAGCAAUUCCGCUUAUGUCAGUGAUUUAUAUAACCAGUGUAAUCGUUGGGUUCGUGAUUUGUGGCCUGCUGAAGUUAGUGCUACCUUUUCCGGGUGUUCGUAGCAGAAUCUUAAUGUGGCAGAAAUGCGAGUGGCUCCACUUGACAAUUGCUUAUGGAAGCAUAUUCUUUUCCCGUCCUAUCUACGUGGCCUACAACAAGCAGAUUCUGCUGAAAAAGCGGUGCCUGGUAAUAUCCAACCACCAAACGAACUAUGAUUGGCUAAUAAUCCUGAUUAUACUGCAGAAAUUUGACAUGUACCAGGACGUGUGUAUACUCGUGAAGAACUCACUUGCACAGAUACCAAUAUUUGGGAGCACCAUGAGAGCGUUCGGAUACGUCUUUAUUAAGCGGAGCUGGAGCGAGGACUCAAAUACACUAAGGGACUCUCUGAAGUACUUACGUGCGAGAAAUAGGUUUUUCUUCCUGCUUUUCCCUGAAGGGACAAUCUUCGUUCCCAAUACACACGAAAAGUCGAUGGAGUACUCGCGAAAAAUGGAUAUUAAACUGGGAGGCUGCAGCUUUCUUCCUCAAAAUGUCUUAAUACCGCGAACAGCAGGAACAACCAUGGUGUACAAUGAACUGGCAGACACCAUGGACGGAAUCAUAGACGUAACAUUAUUUGUAAGGCCGUACCGCCAGUAUCCCCAAAAAACGUUUACGUACACGGAUGUAUACUUCAGAAAUACAGGCAAGAUAGGAUUCUUCAUUCUCAUGGACUUUGUGCACGGAGUCACGUCCAAAGACUGGCUGUAUGAGAUGUUUGGGAGGAAGGAAGUACUGAUUGAGAGAUACAAGCAGAGCUCUAACUUGUUCGGACGAAUUGGAGAUUCCGACGAUUUUGCGAAAAAGUUUUCCAAAAUAAAAUCGGGGAAUUAUGAAUUUAUUGAGAUCACAUUGAUGAGAUGGCGAAACAUGCUGUAUUUGCUUUACUUUAUAGUCUGGAUGCUUUGCACGGCUUGCGUGGCUAAAAUGAUAGCCAGGUGCAUGCUUCAUUAAAAUACGUUUUUACCAUGA